UAUGGAAAUUGUAAAACCAGAGUUAUCAUGCGAUGACGAUAGAAAUUAUGAAGAUAAAAAUGAAAAGAAAAUGAAAUGUAGGACAUUGGUCUCCUCUUCAAGAUAUCAUUUAGCAUUGUGCAAAAUUUGUAAUGGAUCGGCUUCUGGUAUACAUUAUGGAGUUUUAUCGUGCGAAGCUUGUAAAAUAUUCUUUAAGAGAAGCGAUACCAAGUACCAAAAUUAUCAAUGCAGAACAGGAAAAAGAGCAUGUAGUCCUUUUAGAAAUUUCACUUUCAUUUGUAGGUAUUGCAGAUAUGAGAAAUGCUUAAGGGAAGGUAUGUCCAGAGCUCGUAUAAGGAUAGGAAGAUAUCCAAUGAAAACUAACGGAGAAGAGAAAACGAUUUCUUUACAAAAUGAUGUAGAAGUUCCAAGAAUGAUAACAUUUUACGCAGCAGACGAUCUUCUUCAAAGAAUAUCAGUGUUUCACCACAAAGUGACAAACAUUAAUUGGUCAAGUGAAAUAAAGGAUUUUUCGAAUGUAAUGGAAUCAAUACACAAAGCAGUUAGAAAUACUUUUGUUCCCUUGGAAGAUUUCCUAGAUAUCUACAAUAUAACAGGUGUUGAAAUUGAUAAUAGAUCAAUUUACAAAAGACUACAAUGGAAGUUUAUUGACGUAAUAGUACGCUAUAAUCUAACUUUCUUAAAAUCUUUACCUGGCUUUAUAGAGUUAGAUAGGAAGGAUUUCAUUCAUAUUCUAUCAAAAAAUAUUGACAAUUUUAAACUUUUAGUAGGAAUUUUCUCAAAUUAUGAAUGGUCAAAUCCUGGUUUAAACUUAAAAUUUAAUGAGACAAGUGUAAAUCUAGAUAGAGAUACUCUAAAGUUAUUAUUUGGAGAUGAGUUUGUCCAACUGAAAGAUGAUUUAAGAAUAAGAGGUAAAAGUAUAAAUGUAAACUACUUUGAAAUACUAUUCAUAGCCGUCUUACCAUGUUUUUCUCCAAACGAAAAGUUUCCACACUUUAAAGAGGUUCAUAAAAACUAUGUACAAGUAUUUAUACGAUGUCUGAAAACAAUCUAUGGUGAUAAUUAUGAUAAGAGACUAAGAGAAUUGGUAAAUCUUCAAGCAAGAUAUGCAGAUUAUAAUAAUAUUUUAAGACGCGCUAGGAGCAAGAAUAAGAAAUACUUUCAGCAACUAGUUUACGUAAUGAAUACUCGAAAAAGGAAAGUAAAUGGGAAGAGGAGUAGACGGGUACAUCAAAAGAAGACGGUCUUACCCCCGUGUCAAGUGUGCUGUAAACAGGCCACAGGGUUUCAUUAUGGGCUGAAUACUUGCGAAGCUUGUAAGAUCUUCUUCAGAAGGAGUACUACUCAAUAUUUAACUUACAGUUGUAUAGACGGUCAAAAAUUAUGUCAACCAAAUAAGGAGUUCGCUUUUAAUUGUAAAUUAUGUAGAUAUCAAAAAUGUAUUGAUGAAGGAAUGUCAAGAACUAGAAUCAAAAUAGGAAGAUAUUCUAGAGAGAUGCAUUCUAAGAAUAAAAUGGAAUUGGAGAAAUUAUCGCAGUUAUCUCCACAACAAUUGAUUUAUCUUCCUAAAUUCUCUGAUGCUGAUGAUUCUUUAACGAAGUUUGGUAAUUUUAUAGAAUCCAUUUCUCAGGUUAAAUGGUCAAAAGAAAUAGAAAAUUUAGAUGAAAUGAUUCAACAGAUUAAUGAAAUUAUCGAAACAGGCUUUUUUCCAAAAGAUGAAUACGAAUUAAUUUACAAUGCUCUAGGUAUUGAAAUAGAUAAUAGAAGGGUAAUGUGCGAUUUAGCAGGUAAAAUUAGUAGUAUAAAACUUCGUCAAUGGAUACCUUUCUUAAAAUCAUUACCCGGUAUAUCAGAUAUUGAUGAUAGAACAUUUGUCAAGUUAAUUUGUUCAGAUAUUACCCUUAUUCACACAAUUUUCUCAGUACAUCAAGUAUUCCAAUGGGAAGAUAUCGGAUUUUGUAUUAAUUUAAAUGAUAAAAAAAUUGUAUUACAAAAUAAAUUAAUGGAUUCAACUAUUGGAGAAAGAAUGCGAGAAAUUAGCUAUAAUAUACAAGUAUAUAGAAAUAAUAUGGACGUUUCUAAAAUAGAAUUAGCUAUGAUAUCUAUAUUAAAAAUGUUUGAACCAAGGAAAGAUAUUCCACAACUUUCAUCAGCCUAUAAUAGAUUACUUUCGACAUUUAUAAGACACCUUGAAGGAAACUAUGGAAAUUCUUAUCAUUUACAAUUAGGUAAAUUAGUGAAUUUUUUUGCAGAGUUGAGCGAAAUAUCACUAAGAAAUAGAAAGCAUAUGGAACAGAAUAAAGAUUUUUUGAAAGGUAUAGGAAGGACAAGAUUCAAUAAUCUCUUCCUCUUUGGAUUUAGUAAUAACAACGAUAAAGAAUGCGAUGAAUGUUUCGAAAUUUUAAAGGAGAAAAAUUUCUUACAAUAA